AUGUGUGCAGCAGAACCACACUUUGAGACGCGCGAGAUGGCGGCGGAUGCUGACCAGCCUCCGCCAGAUCUCGCAGGCCUGUUCGUGGAUUCGCAUUGCCAUCCCACCGACGAUCCAGCCGCCUACACCUCAUCCAAUCUGGACCAACUUUCUGAUCGCAUCAGCAGCACGACAGUGGGUCGACUGGUAUGCAUGGCAACGAAUGCAAGAGAUCAGGGCAUGGUCGCCGAGCUGGCAUUGCGCCAUCCCACCAAAGUGGUCCCUUGCUUCGGAUGGCAUCCAUGGUUCGCCCACCACAUCUCACUGUUCGACCCGCCACCGAACAAAGCGAAGCACUACCACGAUCUAUUCAGCAUACCAGAUGCAUCCUCCGAAGAAGGAGAUCGAAGCAAGGAAGAGCUCGAUGCAAUAUGGGAUCAGCUGCCGGAUCCAAUAUCGCUCCGAUCCGUGUGCCAGGGUAUUCGCGAGCAAUUCGAUCGCUUCCCCAAUGCGCUGCUCGGGGAGGUAGGCAUCGAUCGAGCUUUCAGGAUACCUCGGCGUGCCUGGAACUACGAUCCGCACAGGGCCGAGCCGGACACAACACUGCCGAAGUUGACAAAGCUCAAAACACCGCAGACGCACCAACUGUCCGUCUUGCGAGCGCAGAUCGACGUGGCUCUCCACUAUCGACGCAACAUCUCGCUUCACUCUGUUCAAGCAGCAGGCCUCACAGUGGACCUUUUGACCUCGCUGCGCAACGCAGACAUUUCGGCCUUCGGCGCCGUGCGCGUGUCGCUACACUCGUGCACGCUCGACAACAACGUCGUACGAUCCAUCACCAAGAAGCAUGCCAACGUCUACGUUGGCUUUUCAUCGACCAUCAACCGCAAGCAGAUUGCCGCGCGCGAGUGCCUCGGCAGCGUUGAGCGUAGUCGAGCAUUGAUGGAGAGCGACUACCACACGGUCAAGGGGAUUCCGGGCUACCUGAUGGAGGCAAACGACUACUUUGCUCAGCUGCACGGACUGAGCCCAGAAGCGGCGGCGCAACAGCUUCGAUCAAAUUGGGAGACCUUCUAUUCUGGAAGAGCUCAAUCAGACGGUUCAGGAGACGAAGAAGAUUCCGAUGGCGACAGUCAAUGA